AGAUCCCUUCCAACCCAACCAUUUUACGAUUCUGUGAUGCUGAUGGCCAACCAAGCACAGCUCCAGCCUGAGAGCCGCUUCUGCAACAGCAUGGAGGGACCAAUGAUCAGCAUUACUCUUCCCAUCACGUUCAGAAAUGGGGGUGAUGCUGGGAAAAAUCGGGGUAAAUACCAGAGGACUGGCCAACUGUCUGGGUUUCCUUUACUGUAAACAUGAGUGAUGCAUUUGUGGGUAAUGUGGAGGAACACCAUGACUGGCACAGUUAGUGGGCAUGGUGGGGAUGGGCUGAUGGUUGGACGAGAUGCUCUUAGUGAUCUUUUCCAACCUUAAUGAUUCUAUGAUUCUCUGACUCUGGUCUUUUUGGGGUCAGCAUCUGCGUAAUGACAAAACUGAAGAUUAGGCUCCAAGGAACAAAUGAGACCCUGUAAAUGUUGUAGGAUUUCCAUUAAUCAACGUGGGUGAUUUUACAUGUUUUGAUACAAAACCAGUAACUCUCAGGGAAAGGGGCUCUGCAAUGACUCAGUCAAAGAAGUGCCAUUUCUCACUGCACUUUCACCAAGAACCAGCACUGCAGCAGCAUGGUGGUAGGUUUGCUUCUGGUUUUGGGCUGCUCUGAGCAGGGAUUCCAGUAACGCUUACACAUUUCAGCUUGACAGGGACCGGGGGAUUGAACUUGCUUUGCAAUGACAGCCAGCCACCUCUGAGCUCCAGCUUUCUCUGGAGCAUGUGCAAGAUGUAGAAAUAGGGACUUAAGGAAAUUGCAAUCAAAGUAUUGACCAAAUUCAGAAAUCAGGCAUUGGAGGAAAAAUCCAUACAAUUUAUCAAGGGACCAUUAGAGGAAGGCUUCUCCUCGUUCCUGUCAACUGUUGGGUAAUGUCUGCCUAGAAGCACUUGGGUUUGCAUUUACUUUCUUUUGCUGUGUUUGGUGCAGUUGUAUGUCUACAUGUUCCUUAGACGUAAAGAUUAAAACAUGAGAUGUUUUGAUCUUAAUUUAUUUAAAGUUUUGUCCUAAUGGACUUUUACAACAAAAUAAUUUAUUCAGAGAGGAGAAAGAAUUUCCUUUUAUUGUGAGCAGUACCAGAGAGAAAAUAGGAAGUAAAGCUAAGAACAUUGGGAUGGAUGUAAGAAGCACAAUUUUUAACAGCGAAGGUAAUUUCUGACUGGAACAAUUCACUGUAGGAUUUGGUUCAUUCUCUGUUGAACUAGAUGAAAAUCAGGUGUAUUUCUGCUUACAUUUUCUAGCUCUGUUCAGGACAGAACAGAGGAUUUACCGUGUGGGAUUCUCAGUGCAGAAAUGUGAAUUCACCCAUGCAAGCAAUGUUCAAAGUGACCCUAAAGGCUGAAGAACGCCUGGAUAUAUGUGUUUGAAUCCCACUUACCCAUUUUUGAAAGAUUAAAUCAAUGAAGAAUGGUUCUCUCUUCCAGAUUGAGCACCAGUAGCGUGCAAGCCAAGCUGGGCAGUUCCAACGCGUGCAGCAAUGCCGGAUGCUGCCGCUCACCUUCCCUUCUACUAUGGCAGCAUUGCCAGGUCGGAGGCUGAGGAGUACCUGAAGCUGGCUGGCAUGUCAGAUGGGCUGUUCCUGCUGCGGCAGUGCCUGCGCAGCCUCGGGGGCUAUGUCCUUUCCAUGGUGUGCAACCUGCAGUUCUAUCAUUAUGCCAUCGAGCGCCAGAUGAAUGGAACCUACGCCAUCGCGGGUGGCAAAGCGCACUGUGGGCCUGAGGAACUUUGUGAGUUUUAUUCCAAGGAUGCCGAUGGGCUCUGCUGCACCCUCCGCAAACCCUGCAACCGCCCCAGUGGCGUGGAACCCCAGCCUGGGGUCUUUGACAGCAUGAGGGACAACAUGGUGCGCGAGUAUGUCCGACAGACAUGGAGACUGGAGGGGGAUGCCCUUGAACAGGCCAUUAUAAGCCAGGCCCCUCAGGUGGAGAAGCUCAUUGCAACCACAGCCCAUGAGAGGAUGCCCUGGUAUCAUGGCAACAUUGCCCGGGAUGAAGCUGAGCGGAGGCUUUACUCUGGGGCACAACCCGAUGGGAAAUUCCUGCUGAGAGACAAAAAGGAAAGCGGCACUUAUGCUCUGUCCCUUGUCUAUGGCAAAACAGUUUAUCACUAUCGGAUCGACCAGGACAAGUCUGGCAAGUACUCCAUCCCCGAGGGGACCAAGUUUGACACGCUCUGGCAGGUACCGUGCUGGGGGAAGAUAAGCACUGCUGUCCUAGCAAAGCAAAGGCACUUCUCCCUUGCUACAUCUCGCCCAUGCCUUGGGGGAAAGGAAAGGCCAUCUGGAGCCUUAAAGACACCAAGAGCUUGGAAGGUCUUUAAGAUCUUGCACACAAAGACUCAGGAGGCCCAUAAGUCUUGAGCCAACUCCCAGAACCUUGACAUGACUGCAGAUCCAAGCGCCAGGAGACACAUCCUGUCACCCCACAGAGGCUGUUUGCAGACAGGAGAUGGGUGUGAUAUCCCACCUGUGAGGAGGGGGCUGGGUUUUAGGAGAUGUGACAAGUGCCUGAAGCCCAGGUACCAACCCCCAUCCUGGCUCACUGUGGGCACACCACAGCCCAGUGAAUCACAGAAUAACCUGUGUUGGAAGGGACCCUUAAAGGAUAAUUGAGUCCAACUCCUGGGGCUGCUCCAGGAAAGGAAUGCACAACUUCUUCCUGGGGAGGGCUGUUUGCAGACUGUAACUGUUUUGCUGAAUUUUUCAAAUUCCCAGGACUGUGUUCACUCUGAAUUUGAAAGAAAACAAAGACUUC